UGUCCCGCGCGUCGGCCGGACCCGCCGUAGCUCGCACCGCCCUCCCGGCCUGCAGGCUCCGCCCCCCGACGUCGCCCCGCGCGCCCCGCCCCGUGCGCACCUCGCGGGAGGGGACGUCGCCCCGCCCCGACGUCGCUGCGUACGCGGGUCGCCGGCGCCCGAGGACCCCGCGCGCCGCAUGCCCCUCCCGCCGCGUGCUUCCGCCGGGACCCACAGCCCCGCCCCUGCGUCGCCCCGCGUCGCCCCUGCCGGCUCUGCCGCCGCAGCCAUGUGGGCGGUGACGCCCCGCCGGUGCGGGUUUGGCGAGGGGCUCCGGGCGUUCCUCCGCGGUGGCCACGCGGCUCUCCCUCCGGCCGGGGCGCGGGCCCUGCGUGGCUCCCCGGUCUCCUGCGGCAAGAACCUGCUCAAGAAAUUCGCUUCGAAAACCAAAAAGAAGUUUUGGUACGAAGGUCCUUCCCUGGGGUCUCACUUGAUGUACAAGCCAUCCCGGCUGGAGUUCCUAACGAAGAGCACCGCGAAGAAGACCAGGAGGGACGAGCACGUGCGCCUGCGGGCUCUGAACGGCCUCCUCUACAAAGCGCUCACGGAACUGCUGUGCACCCCGCAAGUGAGCCAGGAGAUCUGUGACCUGAACGUGCAGCUCUCCAAGGUGUCUCUGACCGCAGACUUCUCUGCCUGCCGUGUGUAUUGGAGGACCGAGGUCCCCACCGAGCAGAAUGCAAGCACGGAGGCCGUCCUGCAGAGGAGUGCCGCCCACAUGAGGCACCUUUUGAUGUCCCAGCAGACCCUGAGGAACGUGCCGCCAAUUGUGUUCAUUCGGGACAAGGGAAACGCAGCUCUGGCAGAGGUUGAGCGGCUGCUGGCUGUGGCCGAUCUGGGACCCCGGGAUGAGAAAGAAGACUCCGUGCAAGACGACAUCGGCGGCGCCAGGGCCUGGGACACUCCUGCUCCGCGAGGCACCCCGACCUCUGCCAUGUGCUCAAGUCUGUGUGGGAUCGAUCAUGAGGCGCUCCACAAACAGAUCAUGGAGUACAAGAGGAAGCAAGGGCACAGGACUGUGAGUCCUGAGGAGUCGCGGCCGACGGCUGGUCUGGCGGCGGAGACGAGAGAGGGGAAGGUGGCAGCCACACCCUGUGCAGACGGGGACCUCUGCCCCAGGAAUCACCUGCUGGGGGCAGCGGGCGGCAACCCCAGCCCUGACCUGGGGGGCCGCCAGGGUAUGGACAGCAGCCCCAAGCAACAGGGCAGGCGGCCGCCAGGGGCAGAGAGCGGGGGGUGGGGAGGGGGUGGGUCCUGAAUGUCAGCCGUGCUGGCAGAACCCAGGGCUCCACGGGGGCUGUGCUGCCCCCCACACAGGUGCACUUGGACCUUGCAUUGAGAAGGGCGGUGGUCGUGGGAAGCGUGGGACAGUCUGUCAGCACGCCGGACGCCGUCGGUCCUUCUCACGAGUGCCUGCACGUGCAUACCCUGCUCGGACGUGCGAGGGACUCGUGGGGACUCGAGGCUGUUGUGUAGCCCCCGCACAUAGUUCAUGGGUGGGACGGCCGAGCAUCAUCCCCUUGUUUGCACGGGUGUCUGAUCGUGCCCCAAACGCCAUCCUCACAGUCGGUCUGCUGAAGGGUCCAGUGUCCCUGGGACAGGAGCUCCGUGGUGUGCCCUGUCAGUCAGGGGAGCUGGGCGACAGACCUCGAGACAGCUGCCUGGAGAGGAGAGUGGGCCGCACACCGUGUUUCCCAGGGGCGGAGACGUGCCGCGCCGCUCAGGGCUCCUCGGGGAAGCCCCAGGCCUGGUCAGGACGCAGAGAGAAGCCGGGGCUUCUGCGGGCACACGGAGCAUCAGAAACUAACCCAGGACCCUGCGGCGUCCAGCAGCCUGCUUACUGAUGGCCACUGUGCGUCCUCGCUGCCCAAAGUGCCGGGGCCCCAGGGCCAGUGGGAUCGUGAGGUUGUGAGUUGUGUGGCACACACAUCGGGGGGCAUCGCUGCGUCUCAGAACUGGGGCCAGGGCUGGAGCAGAGGCAGAAGGAGCAGAGCUUUCAGGCCGGGAGCAGCCUGUGGUGGUUUUGAGCUGGUGUCCUCCACGGACUGGUCCUCCAGGGACAGACCCUCACCCCGCAGCGCCAGCACUUGUGUUCUUGAGGGCCAGGGGGCGUGACCGCCGGGCCACCUCUGCACUUCCUGACAGGUGCCGUUGGCCGCGUGGACCGGGUGUACGGGUUGGGCAGGGACUCGGACAUAGCUGGCACGCGGCCCUCUCUGUUCGGCUGUUUCAGAACUUUUACUAGACAGCGCGCGGGUGCAAGAGCAGAGGCGGGGGGGGAGCAGGCUUCCCGCUGAGUCGGGGCUCGACCCCAGGACCCCGGGAUCAUGACCUCAGCCGGAGGCAGAUGCUGCACCCACUGAGCCCCCUGGGAGCCCCUCACCGCUGAUGCUUUUAAGAGGACUUGGAGGUCCCCUUCACAGAGUUCCUGCGUCGGUGUGCGUAGAGGUUUGGGGAGCGGGCGUGGCUCCCCAGCGCCCUCCCCAGCCCUGCCUCUGGCUGGUCUCGCUGUUUCCUCUGCACAGGACGCUGCGGUCUGCCCAGGGGCCUGGCCGCGACCACAGCCCAGCCCUCCAACCUGCUGCGGAGCGACUGGAGAUCCUGGAAAGGACCGAGUAGCCACUGAGGAUGAUGGACCGUUAAGCAACUGAAGCACCUAAUGGGGAGAAAAGGGGACAGGCUUCCCUGGGAGGGGCCUCGGGGACAGCUUUGUCCGUGUCUGGAAGCGCCCUGAUCUCCAGCAGGAGCUCCUCAGUCUCCGUCUGCCGUCUUGGCCUUCUGGGUCCUAUCGGGAGAAUUGGAAAUCUGCUUCUUUACAGCAUCUUUUCUGUUGAAGAGUUUGUGAUCCAUGGGCUUUUUCAAAAAUAAAAGUAUUUGUCACAGAGCAA